AUGGCUGGCGGAGGACGACUUCAGGGCAAGAAUGCCAUUAUAACCGGUGCUGCAGGUGGCAUUGGCCUCGAGACAACCAUCCUCUUUGCACGAGAGGGUGCCUCCGUUCUCAUGGCAGAUAUAUCCGAACCGGCCCUCGAAACUGCGCUUGCCAAAGUGAAGAAGGCAGUUCCAGCUGGCUCAAAGAUAGAGACGGUGAAGUGUGAUGUCUCCAAGGAAGCUGACGUCAAAGCCAUGAUCGAGUCUUUGGAUUCUUGGGGUGGGAUGGAUAUAAUCUUCAAUAAUGCCGGUAUUAUGCAUGCCGAUGAUGCAGACGCUAUUGAUACCCCAGAGAAGAUUUGGGAUCUGACUCAAAACAUCAACGUGAAGGGUGUAUGGUUCGGGUGCAAACAUGCUGUUGCCAGUCUGCGUAAGAACAAGAAGACCAAGGGCAGUAUCAUUAACACUGCUAGCGUUGUUGCUCUUGUUGGCAGUGCCACGCCACAGCUUGCAUAUACUGCGAGUAAGGGAGCCGUCCUGGCCAUGACCAGGGAAUUGGCCAUUGUUCAUGCCCGUGAGGGCUUCCGAUUCAACUCGCUAUGCCCAGCCCCAUUGAACACCCCUCUCCUUCAAGAUUGGCUCGGUGAUGAUGCCCCCAAACGCCUCAGACGUGAGAUCCAUUUUCCGCCCGGCCGAUUUGGAGAGGCUGUCGAGCAGGCGCACGCCGUUGUGUUCCUCGCUAGUGACGAGAGCAGCUUUGUCAAUGGCACAGAUUUCGUCGUUGAUGGUGGUAUGACCAGGGCCUACGUCACUCCUGAGGGACCAGCAACCGAAGCUCCUAAGAGCCUUGCUGCAUGA